AUGUCAAGACAACACUCAUCAUCCUCUGGCAAAAACAAACCAUCUCCCACUAGCCUGUCUCAUCGUCAUCUUGACUUAUCGUGCGAUGGGUCCACUGAAAGAGAACCUUCGAACAGGUUUCAUCGUGUUCCUUCCAAUCAACAUUCCAAAAAGAGAACCAGUGAAGACAACGACGAAACAGAACCUGAAGAUUGGGACCAAAGUAAAAAAAAGAAGAGUGAUAUCGGCCAAGUAGUUACACUAGAAACAGAUGACGUUUAUAUUCGUCAUCUUGAAGUGUAUGCAACAAAGACUGGAAGGAAGAUAGACAACAUAGAAUAUUUGAGUAACGGAGGACAAGGUCGUGUGUUCAAAGUUACUUGGAAAACUCCACCAAACUGGAAUCCUGAACUCUAUAAGAAAACUGUUGCCGUGAAAGUUGUGUCCAUUGCAACUAAAAGCAAAGAACCACAACUGAAAACCUUUCAACAUGCCCAUAUUGCAAAAUGUUACAGGUGCGAAGAAAUUGAUGGCAGACGUUUUUUGGAAAUGAAGCUUUACAAACGCCAUUUAGGUGAAAAAGCCAUUGAAGAAACCGAGAUUUACCGUGUACUCAUUCAGAUCAGCCAGGCGUUAAUGUAUUUAUAUAAUGAGUGUGGUAAAGUUCUCCAUAGGGAUGUAAAAGUGCAAAACAUUUUAGUUAAAUACUCCGAUGAAUUCAAAGUAGUCUUGGCAGAUUUAGGACUCGCUCGUGGAGAAUUAACAAUUACUGAAGGCAGAUGUGCCAUUGGGACUGAAGACUAUAAAACUCCAUGGCAUGAAGACCCAUCUCCCAAAACAGAUAUCUAUGCUCUUGGUCGAACUAUUGUAAAAGUUAUUGAAGGUACACGAUAUGUUAUGAAGGACAAAAUUCUUUUUUCAGAUCAGUUGCAGCAAUUUGUUACUUCUGGAUUGUGUAAUAGAAUUAAAUCAAACAGACCAGACUAUAAGACGAUUCAGGAGCGGGCUCAAUCAAUGCUGAAUGAAUACUUAAACAAGCCUCACAUGCUGACCUAUAAUUACGACGAUGGUUAUUUGAACGAGUAUUUCGAAAAUCUUAAAAACAAGUAUUCCAAUAAGAAAGAUUCCCAAAAACCAUUCAGUUAUUCAUUAUAA